AAAAAAAUCAACUCUACGAAGGCUUCACGUGGAAUAUCAUUGCAUUAUCACGAAGAAGUUACGUCGACACACGAGUUGAUGGAAGGCGAACAGUGUGUGAAACAAUAUCGAUGAUAAAAUGGCAGUAUUCAUCAAAACGAAAACGAACUGCUGUGGCCGAUCAUGGUGCGUGCGAGAUCCAUGUGGAAUCAUGUGUGCCGUGGUCACUUGGUUGCUGGUAUUCUACGGACAAGUCUGUGUAUUCCUUGUAAUGCUCUACUCGUGGGAAACAUAUCCGUUUCAUACGAUUUUCAAUUUUAUCGUAUUUGAAUCGUUCAGUGUAUUAGCAGUUAUUAGUCAUCUUAAGACAAUGACAACAGAUCCUGGAGCCGUUGCCAAGGGAGAUUGCACAGAUGAAACUAUUGAAAGAAUGCAAUUAAUCAAUGGGCAACAGACUAUCUACAAAUGCCAGAAAUGUGCAAGUAUUAAGCCAGAUAGAGCACAUCACUGCUCAGUUUGUGAACGAUGUAUACGACGAAUGGAUCAUCAUUGCCCGUGGGUUAAUAAUUGCGUUGGAGAGGGAAAUCAAAAGUUUUUCGUAUUAUUUACAAUGUACAUUGCUCUUUUAUCAAUGCAUGCUCUCUACUGGGGUGUUUGGCAGUUCGUAUUGUGCGUUGGAGCUGAAUGGCAGCAAUGUUCAUCACUAACACCUCCUGCAACAACGCUUCUUCUAAUAUUUCUACUAUUCGAGUCGAUUCUUUUUGCAAUUUUCACGUCUGUUAUGUUUGGAACACAAAUAUCGUCGAUUUGCAACGAUGAAACAACGAUUGAGUCGAUGAGGAGUCGGAAUGCAAAUUUGGACGAGGAUGAACGAUCACGGAACAAUGCAUGGAAAAAUUUGCAACUUGUUUUUGGUGGACCAUUCAGUGUUCGAUGGUUUAAUCCGUUAGCAAUGCCUUUCGUUGCGAGACCAACUUUCGAGUAUUCUGUUUGAGUUUAGUUUUAUCUGUUUUUAUUACAUGUAUUAUUGCAAAAAAGGUGAAAUUAUCAGAAGUGACAGAAUUUCGACGUUGUAAAAUUGAGCUUCUUCACAGCAGAUGAUUCAUCUUUAUACUCCAAGUAGAUAUAAUAUUUUUUAUCGUAAAAAAACUAUAUAUGACGGGUUAUCUCAAAUUCUUGUGUGGUUUUCUUCUAAUUAUUAAUUUAUUUUCAUAUAUUUUUCUCAGUUUCUACUUAAUCAAACAUUGCUCUGUUUUUCUUUGUCAUAAGUAUAUUUUUCGCCAGCUUGUUUCAAAGACGAGUUCAAAUUUAUUAAUUUCUCUCUUCUCCGUAUCUCAUUAUAAUUGCGAAGCAUGAAAAAUAAACUUUUAUCUUUCGUUU